AACCUCCAGCAAGGCCAGAGCAUCGGCUUCAUUCCAGAGCCAGCUUCAGUUCGAAAGCGGAUCGCGAGCUAAGCAGACGUGGAAUUCAAAAAGUGUUCUGCAGUACACGUUGGUGAUAAAGAAAAGCGGCGUUUACUUUGACAAAAAUUUUCCAAUUACAUAUACAUUUAUGUAUAUAGUAGUAUAUACACAGUAUAGACAUAUAGUAUAUACAUAUACUCCAUGCGAUCGGAAUCUAGCGUGUAAAUCGUUAAUAAAUCGCUAUUAAAACGAUUAAUAAUUCAGAAAAUCAUGCGGCGACUGAAGUGUUCCGUGUUUGUGUUUUUAUUUUUAAUAAUCGAUGUCGGCCAUUCAUUCAACUUUAUUGGCAUUAAUAAGCAAAUGCUGUACGAAUAUGUGGGCAAUGUUCUCGUCGGUUCCAAGUCCCAGGACGAAGGACGUCCAUCACCUCCAACAACUGGUUGGAUCGUCCGCGGAAAAUUAACUCUUCAGCGACAAAGUGAACUGAUCAUGGCCGCUGCGCUUGUCAUUGACGAUGUAACGUUGAACAAUUCGGGCGAGAAGUUUCUUCAGAACAAGGAAAUGUAUCCGCCAUAUAAACCCUUUAGAAUUGUGCUAACCAACGAGGGCACAAUAUCCCAUGUGGUGUUCAAGGAGGGUGAUCCCAUAUGGUCGAUGAAUUUCAAGCGUGCCAUUGCCAGCACAUUGCAAUUCCAGAUGAAAUCCAGCGGAGCCUUUGUUGUGAAUGAGACGGGCAUACAUGGAAAAUGCCAGACCGAGUACUUUGUGUCCAAUAAAACCAACUACAUAUCCAUACGUAAAACUCCCGAGCUGAUGACCUGUGUUCCCUACUCGGAGGCGGUGCAUGUCACCCGCAGCAAUGUGCCACCAAAUACCUGUGAGUUUGAUCACCAGAAGAGCGUAAUCAUUGGCAACGAGGCCAUCUAUGGCUUAAUGCCGCACAAUGAAACGGGCUACUUCCUGAGCAUGGCCCAUGCAAAGGGAACCACGCUGAUCCACACCUUUGAGUCGACGGGUGAAGCUCAAUUCAUUAACUCAGAACUCUUGCUGAACUUUCAAAAUGAAACCCCGAUCGAUAAUCCAAUUGAUAUUGAAACAUCCAUGGCGGCAGAGAUUUCGAAUUUACAACUGCAACCACUGGAAAUAAACGAUCCCACUGGCGGACGUAAUCCUCAGCAACAGGAGACUCUCAUCUCUGCUGCAGGUGGACUCCUGGACAAUCUGGCCGAAGCGCUGGAGAGCACUGAUUUCAAGUUCAGUGAGCCCUACGAUUCGACAUUGUCGGAUGUGAUAAAGCUGCUCAGUGAAAUGGAUUUUGAGUCUUUGAAAAAACUGUAUACGGAAGUGGACAUUGGUACAUCGUAUCGACAGGAAACCAUAAGGAACAUCUUUCACGAGAUCAUACCUCGCAUUGGCACCAAAGCCUCAGUAUUUCUAACUCGCCAUCUGGUCGUGGAGAAGUCAAUCAAAUCACCCAUUGCUGUACAACUGCUCAUUCCAAUGCCUUUUCACAUAUUCGAACUGUCCGCGGAGCUGGUAAAGGAAUGCGAGGUCUUUCUAACCAUUGGACCCGAUCGUCCCGAUGUGAGGCAAGCGGCAAUUCUCAGCUUUGCCACCCUGGUCUACAAUGUUUACGUGGCACAUGGCAUUGACAAGGAUCAGUUUGAGGAAUAUGUUCAAAAGUAUUUUAAUCUCUAUUUGAACGAUCGUGACUAUGAGCAGAAGAUGUUAUACCUUCAGGGAUUGAGUAACUUGCAGCUUGGCAAUGUCGCCAGUUAUUUGGAGCCGAUCGUGCUCGAUGCCGGCAAUGAAGAUCUUCGAUUUAUGGCUGCCUGGACAACCCUGGCGCUGGCCGAUAAGCGUGCUGAACGCAUCUACGAGAUUUAUUGGCCCAUCUUUGAGUCACGUAACGCCAGCCUGGAACUUCGAGUAGCUGCUGUCACUUUGCUGUUGAUCUCAAAUCCAACGGCGGCUCGACUGAUCAGUAUACAUCGCAUUAUACAAAGUGAAACAGAUCCACAUCUGAUCAAUUAUUAUCGCACCACCGUCACUAGCAUAUCGGAGACAACAUAUCCCUGCUAUCAGCAUCUUCGUCGUCUGCUCUCCUAUAUGCAUCGUCAUUUGCCACAAAAACCGGAGCCACGUUAUUGGGUGACUGGCAAUUAUAUAUUCGACUAUCGUGACUCCAAAUUUGGCAUUGGCGCCAUGCUGCAAACCUUCCUAGUCGGCGAUCCCAAGUCGGACAUGCCUGUGGUGGCCUAUUUUAAGUUUGACACUGAAGCACUGGGCAAAUUCACGGGUCAACUGGCGCUUUAUAUCAAGGCGAGAGGUUUGCCCGACACCAUAUGGCAGACAAUGCAGUCCAAGUCGAAUAGCAGCGAUACGUUCAACGUGAGGAGCAUCAAGACAUUGCUGACCAUGCUUAAGGCUCCUAUUGUCAUAUCAAAGAACCUGCACCUUGAGUUCAUUCUGCAAAUGGAGGGAAAGACUGUGCUCUCCUAUUAUCUAAAUCAGCGCAUGUUCCAGCAACUGACCUAUGACAACAUUCUGGAUCGCCUGCAAAUGCUGAUCCGCACGGAUAGCCACAUUAACAUGCAGACGGUGCGUUGGCCAUUUAUGAAUAAGUACUCGGUGCCCACGGUGUUGGGAACUUCCUCGGACGUGCUCCUGCAGACAACAGUUCUCACCUCGCUGCGCGGCAAUAUCACAGAGCAUCGGACACCUCCUGGAUCCAAGCAUACGCUGGAGAUCGAUGCUCGCUAUUCGUCGUACGCCUCAGUGCGCAGUCGAAGCUAUAAUCCCUUUCUCAAUCUGGACCAUGAGAUCAAUCGGGAGCAGGGCUUCCUCAUCUACAUCCCAUUCAGCAGUGAAUUAAUCUUUAACGAGAGCGGCAGUUGUGCCCGUUAUUCCUUCACACGGCCACAGAACCUGACCAGUGGACUGUCCUUCAAAUCUCGAGCGGUGACCUCCACCCGUGGACAGGUGACCAAGACAGCCGCUGCGCCGUUCGAGGAGAUCAUGUAUCCGGAACGGGGCAUCGAAGUGUUCCAGCCAUUUAGCUAUGCUCUCCCAGACUUGGGUGUCAAACUGAGGGUCAAUAUGAAUGUCAACGAGCUGAUCAAAUUCCGUGGCAUGCUGUUCAAGUCGGAGUUAAUAGACAAUGGCUUCUCUCGCAGCAUGGUCGUAAGUGUACUGAUGUACGUCUUCGGCUUCACGCAACUCAGCUCCAUACAUCUGGGCCAUGAUCGAAACUUCUCGCUGCUGAUGUACAAUGAGAACGCAACUCGGAUUGACGGCAACAUCUGCGUUGAAGAUGUGCUCAAUACUUCAGAGCUGAAGGGCAAGAAAAUUGAUUUCACAUUGGAGCAUGCGGAUGAGACACAGAAUGUGGAGUCCUUGCACAAAUGGAAUGUCAUCCUGGAUGUCCAGACCUCAACCAAGUCAAGUUGGUUCAAGGUAACCGGAAAAGUGCAGCGCAACUCAAAGGACGAUGAGGAAGACUGGAAGGCCUGCUCCAAGUUGACCUAUGAACCGCUUGUCUUCACCAAACGUCCACACACACUCAACGGAUAUGUGGUCUUUGGCCUGGCCGCCGAGGACGGCGAAUGCCCGGAGAGCGAAUCCAAAGUGCAAUUCGCGGCACGCGCAGGCCCCUCGGAGCAUGCCCGAGCCUUUCUGCGCUCGGAUAAAAUCUCGCUAACGGACACCGAUUUCUGUCCCAAGGAGGUGCUCAAGUUUUCACCCAUACCCACAUCGAAGUACUGCAAACGCAGUAAUUUUGAGAGUUUCACAUCGAUAGCGCAGUAUGAUAUGGAUCUGAAAUUUAAUAAUAUGCCCGCCUGGUUUGAGUUGUGGUCGACGCGUUUGGAUCAUUUGGUGUCCGCUCUGUCUGACCAUAAGGUGGACAGCUUGCAUAUGAGUCAACAUAUUAACAUAACGAUGCACAGGCCGCACGAUCACUUCUGGCUGACUGUGGAUGUAAAUGGUGUCAAUUGGCGUAUCUAUCAUAUACCGUUCCUGUAUAAGCUGGACUCCAAGUUCGAUACAUCGCACGAGUUGGCCUUCGAUUCAGGAUUAAAGCGAUCCUGCUCGGUCAUCAAUGGCAUGAUCAAUUCAUUCGAUGAUUAUCUGAUUAAUCUGGGCGAUUUUGUCACCCAGCCGGAUUGUCUGACUCUGCUUGUAGCGGAUUGUUCGCCGGCUCCCAAAAUGGCUGUGUUCCUUACGCCCUCGCCCAAAGCCGGAAGCCUGGCCAGCAACUAUGGACUACGUGUGCACAUUGGGCAGAAUUACUUCAAUUUUCAUUCACGCGCCGGCAACAGCAGCCAGGUGGAUGAGUCACCUGUAUUUAUCUAUCUGAAUCAGGCACAGACGCCACAUGAUGUACGACAAAAGCCAUACCAAUGGCCGGUUGAUGACAGUGACUAUGUAUUCCGCGUUGAGCUAAACGAGCAAAACCUGUUGAUCAUCGAGUGCACCAAGCUAAGUGCCACCAUUCAGUUUGACAUGUACAAUAUCUUGAAUUUCGAGAUCUUUGGCGUCUACAAGCAUCAAAUGUGUGGAUUGUGUAGCAAACCCUUAAACCGCAUGCAGAACUACACGCUCUGUGAGUUGGAUACAAGAUCAACUACGACGACAACGACGCCAAUGCCAGUGACGACGACGACAACAACGACGACAACUGUGGAUAACGUAUCUGAAAUAGUUGUAAUAUAAGAAUGAUAUUAACGUGUAACUAAAGUAAAGAGAACGCUGUAGCGAAAAUAGCUCGAAAACAUAGUUAAAAUAUAUGUCAAAUUCAGCGAUCAUUAUUAAUAACGAAAA